UGCUAGCCUGUUGAAGAAUACAAUAGCUCAUGAAAGUAUAUUUACCUACCAAAGGAAGCCGCCUAGCUGUGAUUUUAAAUGCUGCUUUCUAAAUAAUCUUCAUUUAGAAUUUUCAGAAUAUUCAUCUGGCGAAAAACUAUGAAAAAGCCCAAAGGCUUAUAUCAUUAAUGUCUAUCAUGAUAAGACACACGGCAUAUGGGUGAUAGUGGAUGAUGAGUGUGAUGACAGCAUCCCCUCGACCGUCAAUAGCCCACAUGCAAAGCUGCAGGUGAUUCAUACAAAUCCGUCGGAUGCAGAUCCGUGGCGCUGCUAACACAGUACGGAAGAACUUCUGCCACUAUCAAACUUAGCUUGUGAAAUUGAAAUGGUAUAAUUCAAUAUUAGGGCUGUCUCUUCUUGAGGAUUACAGAAAUCCAACCAGCACAGAGUCGUUUGGUGGAGUUGCCUUUGUUUCCUGGUUGGAGUGGAGAGGACGGAUGCUGCGUCGAACAUUUUGACCAACACAAUCACCAGAACCGAUGAUUAACAUAAAAACAAUGGGUCGGAUAAUUAAACCUGAGCCGUAUAUCUCCGAGGGUCAGUGUUGGACAAUCCUCACAUAAAAUCCGUUUAACGAACACUGGAUAUUAGAUAAUCCCAUUAAGCAGAUGAAAGACUGCCCAAACUCCUGCCAGGACCUUGUCAGACAGAUGAAACAGACAAUAACCAGUGGGCAGGGUCUGCCAUAGGAAUAUAUCCAAGACUCAGGAACGCUCACACACACAAACACAUACACAUCAUUCCUGAUGGCGCUUGAGAACACUGCCUUCAUUUCGAGGCCAGAGUCGAGGACAGACUCCCUGUCUCUUCCCGUGGUGGAAAAAGGGGAGGGGCCGGUGGAAGAGGCUGCUGAAGUGUUUGAUGUAUCCGAUGAACUGGGCCAUGUGGUUACCACGGAUACCGCCCAGCCCUCUGCUAACAGAUCAUGGAAGUCCAAGCUGGCAGAGAGGCAGGCUAAUGCAGCAUCUGAUGAGUAUGUCAAGAAGCUGCCUCGGGUGAUGGAGAAGGAGAGGGGCAGAUUUGGCUGGGCGAAGAGACGUAAGAGGCAGCGUUAUGUGGAGAAGAACGGCCGAUGUAACGUGUCGCACGGCAACAUGAGGGAGACCUACCGUUAUCUGACAGACAUCUUCACCACCCUGGUGGACCUCAACUGGCGCUGCUCUCUCUUUGUCUUCGUCAUGGCCUACGCCAUCACCUGGCUCUUCUUCGGGGCCAUCUGGUACCUGAUCGCCUACCUCAGAGGGGAUCUAGAUCACCUGGAUGAUGAGACAUGGACACCGUGCGUCAACAAUGUGAAUGGAUUCAUCUCAGCCUUCCUGUUCUCCAUCGAGACAGAGACCACCAUCGGUUAUGGCCACCGUGUCAUCACUGACCAGUGUCCAGUGGGAACUAUGCUGCUCCUCCUACAAGCCAUACUGGGAUCUAUGGUGAAUGCCUUCAUGGUGGGCUGUAUGUUUGUGAAGAUCUCUCAGCCCAAUAAGCGUGCAGAGACACUUGUGUUCUCUAAGAAUGCAGUAAUCUCUCUGAGAGAUGAUAAACUGUGUCUGAUGUUCCGGGUGGGAGACCUGCGCAGCUCCCAUAUUGUAGGGGCCAACAUGAGGGCUAAACUUAUCAAGUCCAAACAGACUCAAGAAGGUGAAUUCAUUCCUCUGGAUCAGACAGACAUUAGUGUGGGUUUUGAAACAGGGGACGACCGCCUGUUCCUGGUGUCUCCGCUGGUCAUCUCCCACGAGAUUGACUCCCGCUCUCCUUUCUGGGACAUGUCUCAGGGCCAGCUGGAGAAGGAUGACUUUGAGAUGGUGGUUAUCCUGGAGGGGAUGGUGGAGGCCACUGGUAUGACCUGCCAGGCACGGAGCUCUUACUUGGCAGACGAGGUCCAGUGGGGUCACAGGUUCAGCCCGAUGAUGUCAUUGGCCGAAGGGUUCUUUGACAUUGACUAUGGUGCCUUCCAUCAAACCUUUGAGGUGGACACUCCGUCCUGCUCAGCACACGAACUCUCAUUGGCUGCAGCCCGAUUGGAGGCUCAUCUCUAUUGGUCUAUUUCCAGUAAACUGGAUGAAGAGAAAUGGGAGGGCUCUUCUCUGACAAACCAAUCAGGGAAGCAGCUAGACAAUGGGAAAGGAGGGGUUGUUGGCCCCACAUUUAUUGUAGGUGAGAUCACUGGAAUACAAGAGCAAUCAGGACCGGGAGAGUUAAACGGUAGUGUCACUACUACUGACCAGUCCGAAUCAGAGGCCUGAAAGAGAUUGGAGCUGAGAUCCAAAAUGGCACCCUAUCCCAUAUAGAGCGUUGAUCAAAGGUAGUGCACUAUGUAAAGGAAUAGGGUUCCAUUUGUGAUGUACUCUUAAUUUUAUGACAGCAACAGUACUGUAAAUGACUUAGAUGAUGUAUAGCAUACAGCCAUAGAAUUUUUUUCCCACGCGAGGGCGAGAUUGGUGGUAGUGUCAUAGCUACAUCAUUGCUUUAUGUGAUUAUUCUUACUUAGAUGUGGCAAAUAACUUGACAAAUUAUAUCAGUUACAUUUUAUCUUAUAUUUCUCAGGUGAUAUCUGAUUAUUACCAAAUGUCUGUUCUAUACUAUUCUCUCUUAUAUUGUAACUGCUCUGAUCACCUCUGCCAACAUACAUUAUAAUAAUUAAUGCAAUGUUUUUGAAUAAAUUAUGUAAUCAAUAUUAUUUGCCUAUAGAAAGAGGAUGUUCAAUCAGAUGUGCUGGAAUAUUCCAAGACAAGGUGAACCAUGGUUGUAUCAUUGUUUCAUGUCAGAUGUUUCUAUUAUGUAUGUAUAUAAGCAUCAGUGAAGAUAGUAUUGCUCCAUUAUCUAAUGUAAGACAGGGUGCUUCAUAGAACAACAACCGUGUUUUGGAACAUUCUGGAAAGUUCGGAGACAUAAACAGAACCAUGUGAUGCAUCGGUUGUAUUGGGGUUUCAGUGUAUGAAAAGGAAUGGCGUGUUAUGGAUAGUUUGAUUGAGUGUGAUAGACGUGAAUAUGUGGUACUGUAUGUCUACUUUUGUAGAGCAAAUAAGAAUAGUUGGGAAUUUUAUCUUAAUAUUUUUUUAUCUCUUAAAAAUUAUUCAUUUAAAAUACAUAGACAUUUAUAUUACGAUAACAUUAAAACAACCACCACUGUUUUUUUUUAAAUGUAGAAUCAUAAUUGUGGUCAAUUAAAUGUUCUGAUCACAUAGAUCGUAUCACGGAUCCCAAUCGAAUAGGCUGAUUAUAAUGAGACAUAAACAACUUGGAGAUAAAACCAGACUUGGGAAGGUUUCUGUGCACCUUCACAGAAAGAAGCACAAGGAAAUAUUUUCUUUUUAUAACCAAUUAGGAUUUAAGCAAAGUGUCUUGCUUAGCUCGGCGAACCUGCUGCUUUUGCGUACAUUUGUGAGCAUUUUUACUAAUUGUUUUUAGUAUUCAAAAACAACAUCCGAAUAAACUGUAAUCCAAA